AUGGACCCUCGCAACGUCCCAAUCCCCAGCUUCCCGGCUCCUGUCGUGGACGGAGAUGAUGUCCUAUAUGCGCUUCAGAGACGUCAACAGACAUGGGCGUUCCCGAGGCAAAGUGACGCCCCUCCAGGUUUCAGCCAACUGCAUCAUCCGCAACAGCAACAGCAACCGGAAGAGCAGCUUUCUCAUUUCUCGGCUGCCCGCCAGCCAUUCUCUAUUUCCUCUAUCCACCCUCCUAUCCAGGCCACUCCUGCCCUGGAGCCUCCAACUCCGCCGCGACGGCAGUCGGUAGCUCAGUUACCUCUACCUCCGAAGCGGUCAUCCAUAGCUCAGGGAAGGAGAGAUUCGACAAAGGGUACUGGAUCAAACUAUACGUUGGCAUGUCUUAAUUGCCGCUCUAAGAAGAUAAAGUGCCUGCUCGAAGAGGGAGGCUGCAAGAAAUGCAAGAAACUUGGAAUCCCCUGCCCAGGCCCUGAGGUGGACGAACGCAAACGCCCCUCCUCCAAGAGACACAUUCGCGAGUUACACCAACGCAUCCACGACUUAGAAGCUGCUCUGAAGCAGAGCGAGGCCCUACGCAAAGCUCAGGCACAAAAUUUCCAUACAAUUCGCGGGAUUGCGCAGUUCUCCCCACCGGAAUCUCCGGUAUCCCUGCUCCGGCAGAAGGUGCCGGAUAACAUCAUCGCACGUCUUUGCGAUGGGCGAUACCAGCUAAAUUAUGACUCUAACGGACAGCUGCGAUAUUUCGGUCCAACCUCCAGUUUACACCUGACUGAUACAGUGGCAACAUCUAUCGUUCGGUCUUGGGGAGAAUACCCAACUACUAACCCCAAGAUUGAGGUUUGCGAGAUCGAUGCCGAAACCCAAGAGUACUUGCUGAACCUUUACUGGAAGUUUCAACACACCGAGCUUCAAGUCCUUCACAAAGAUGCAUUCCUUCGUGAUAUGGCAACGGGUCAGACAAAGUUUUACAGCAAAGCGCUUUUGUACUGUAUCAUGGCCUGUGCCGCUCGCAUUUCACAUAGGCCUGAGAUCCGUGCGAUGGUUUUGACGCCCGGACUCUCGGCAUCUGAUGAACUCCCGCCUCUAUUCGCUGCUGCAUCGAAACUUGUGGAUGAGGAGUUGAAACACCCGCAAAUCACAACCAUCCAGUGUUUGUUACUGUUAUCAGUGAUUUAUUGUGCUUUCUCCCAGGACACAAAAGGCUGGGUUUUGACAGGGACUGCAUGCCGAUUGGCUAUAGAUUUGGGUUUACAUCGUGAUUGCUCGUCCUUCACAGACAAGUUCUCCCCAAUGGACAUCGAGGCACGCUCGAUUGCAUUUUGGGGUUGCGUCAUAUUCGACAGGCUAUGGUCGCUCUACCUUGGCCGCCAGUAUUGUUUAAGGCUUGACGGAGAAGUGACAGUACCUCGACCAGCUGCGACGGCAGCUGUGAGCGGGAUGAUAGCAACAUGGGAAGCCCGAUUAGCUGAUGCAUGGAGCAGCUUACUCGAAAUCGUCGGGUUCAUCUGUGAAGCUUUAAAUCAAAAUAAAUGUACUAUGAGUCGGGUCAACGAGCUGGGUGACCGUCUCAAGACGUGGUACAGCGGGCUUGACCCGUCACUGCAAUACCAAAGCAAUUCACCGCCCUCAGUCUCAGUUAUGCACAUGCAGUAUUGUGCCGCGGUCAUCUUACUCUAUCGGCCUCUCGCGAAUUUCGGCGUAGAAGCGUCGGAAAGAAGCGAUUACUCAUCCCAAUUCCGCCUCAUCUGUGUCAAACAUGCCAUGGAUGCCACUCGAUACAUGGAAGACUACCGAGCCAACUAUGGCAACGCAACCACUCUCAGCGGUAUAAGUCUGCACAUAAUAUCGACUGUCUCAACAACGCUUAUCGCCGAUAUAACAGAAAGACGGAAUUCAGAUGUCAGCAGGGAGUUCCACUGUCUGAUAGUAUGUGUCCGCACAUUACUCGAGCUGGAACAAACCUACCUCGUGGCUUUGCAAGUCCGCAAAGUGAUUGAGGUUGUUAUUCGGAUAUGUAACCUUGAAAACCACGAGUUACAGGUUGCUUCACUAUUACCCGAGGGCCUCCAUAUCGGAGCUUCGUAUACACCUACACCAUCUGCUGGACAGACAGAAAGCUCUCAAGAUGAGGACACCAGAGGCACAAAACAAGACGCAGACUCGAGUAUCAUACUACAACGAUUCCGUGGUGCUGCUCCACCUCCGCCCAUCACCACUGAUACGAUAUCAAUAGAACAGCCCUAUCUGGCCAUGGCGUAUAACCCCUUUCCGCUUCUUGAUGGGAUGCAAGUACAUCCUCAUCCGUCGACGAUGCCGGGGGAUAUACAUACUACGUACCCAUGUACUCAAUGA